CCGUCGCUGUUGUCUCCUGCAGUGUGCGGGGAAAGCCAGCCAAAAAGCACUAAAAUGGCGCUUAGUUCCCAAGGAACAAAGAAAAAAGUUUGCUACUACUACGACGGUGAUGUUGGAAAUUAUUACUAUGGCCAGGGUCACCCCAUGAAGCCCCACCGCAUCCGUAUGACCCACAACCUGUUGCUCAACUAUGGGCUCUACAGAAAGAUGGAGAUCUAUCGUCCGCACAAAGCCAGCGGAGAGGAGAUGACCAAGUAUCACAGCGACGACUACAUCAAGUUCCUGCGUUCAAUUCGACCGGACAACAUGUCAGAGUACAGCAAACAAAUGCAGAGAUUUAAUGUGGGAGAGGACUGUCCAGUGUUUGAUGGUUUAUUUGAGUUCUGCCAGCUCUCAGGAGGAGGCUCCGUUGCCGGUGCGGUGAAGUUGAACAAACAGCAGACGGACAUCGCCAUCAACUGGGCCGGAGGCCUGCAUCACGCAAAGAAGUCCGAGGCUUCUGGGUUUUGCUACGUCAACGACAUCGUCCUCGCUAUUCUGGAGUUACUGAAAUACCACCAGAGAGUUCUGUACAUAGACAUUGACAUCCAUCAUGGAGACGGCGUGGAGGAAGCCUUCUACACCACCGACCGCGUCAUGACUGUGUCCUUCCACAAGUACGGGGAGUACUUCCCCGGUACAGGCGACCUGAGGGACAUCGGUGCCGGAAAGGGCAAAUAUUACGCUGUGAAUUACCCACUGAGGGACGGCAUUGACGACGAGUCGUAUGAAGCUAUCUUCAGACCUAUCAUGGCCAAGGUGAUGGAGAUGUACCAACCCAGCGCAGUGGUCCUGCAGUGUGGAGCCGAUUCUCUGUCAGGGGACCGGCUCGGUUGCUUUAACCUCACCAUUAAAGGCCAUGCCAAGUGUGUGGAGUACAUGAAGUGUUUCAACCUGCCACUGCUCAUGCUGGGCGGAGGAGGCUACACCAUCCGUAAUGUGGCCCGCUGCUGGACAUACGAGACGGCUGUAGCCCUCGACACCUCCAUCCCCAACGAGCUCCCAUACAAUGACUACUUUGAGUACUUCGGACCAGACUUCAAGCUGCACAUCAGUCCCUCCAACAUGACCAAUCAGAACACCAACGACUACCUGGAGAAAAUCAAGCAGCGCUUGUUUGAGAACUUGCGCAUGCUGCCACACGCCCCGGGAGUCCAAAUGCAGGCCAUCCCCGAGGACGCUGUACAGGAGGACAGCGGUGACGAGGAGGAGGAGGAGGACGUCAACAAACGCAUCUCCAUCCGCGCUCAUGACAAGAGGAUAGCGUGCGAGGAGGAGUUCUCUGACUCGGAGGAUGAAGGCGAAGGAGGCCGCAGAAACGUAUCCAGCUUCAGGAAAUCCAAGCGAGCCAAAACCGAAGUUGAGAAGGAGGGAGACGAAAAGGAGAAGAAAAGUGAGGAGGAGACGACAAAAGAAGUAAAGGAAGAAGAGAAGGUGCCAGAGGAAGAGAAAAUGGACACCUCAAAGCCAAAAGAGGAGUCCAAGACCCCGUGAGCCCCUCGGCAGCCAACGGAUCAGAACGCGUCUUAAAGCAAGAUUGUUUUGAGUAACUCAUCUUUCCAGGCUGCUGCUGUGAAGACGGUGAAGAACUAUAUCUUUGUAAUUAGACUCCACCCCCUCAACAUGGGAUGGGGAUACAAACGUUUUUCUAGGACUCCUUUUCAACCGUACCUGUUUAUGGACUGAGGUCAAACUGAAUAUUUCUUUUGUAUGCUUUCUCGUUUUUUAUUAUUAAUCUUUUUAUUCGAUGACUUAUUCUUCCCUUGUGACAUAACUCUGUAAAAAUGGCUUAGUACAUCUAUGCUUUUAUAUAUCUGGAUUUAAUUUAUUUAAAUCAUAGAUAUUUUGGCUACUGUUUGUGUCUUACAGUCCAACUUGUCCUGUGUCUUUAAAAUGCAGUUGAAGCAUGUUUAUACAAUAGAUCCUUUUCUGUAAUACAUCUGUGUCUCUGGUUUUGUCAACUGAGGCCACCAGGGGUAGUUAAGAGGGUUGUGUAUAACCGAUACAUUUUAACAUGGCACAAAUUACAGUUCUAUAUUUUAGGUAGUUUAGUAUGUGUCCUUUUAACAGUUACCUCUUUUUGGGACUCUUGCCACAAAAUAUUAAAAUUUAUUGGGUCCUGUCACAAUUGUGGGUGUCAGGCUUGGAUUCCACUGAGAUUUGAACUUAAUAUCCAGUGCAUAGCACUGUUAAAUGGGAGCAAGACAAAUGCCAGAAUUCAUGUUGUAUAUAUUUGUAUUCUGAAAAGUCAUUUAAAUCUGACAGACCCCAUUGUGCGUUGACCACUUUUUACACCAAUAAAAACUGCCCUGAAAAGUUA